AUGCGAAUCUCAGCGGCGGUUCUUGUCUCCCUAGCUGCCCUCGGCAGUGCUCAGAAGGCCACAUUCGAGCUUUCGUACCCCUCGCCGUGGGGAACUGGCGGUCCGGGGUGGGACGAAGCGUACGAGAAGGCCAGGGAGUUCGUCAGCAAGCUUACGAUGCUUGAGAAAGUUAAUUUGACGACCGGGACUGGUAACCAAGCGGAUCUGUGUACGGGGAAUACGGGGUCGGUGCCAAGACUCAAUUUCCGCCAUUUGUGUUUGCAGGAUGGACCUGUGGGGGUUCGGUAUACCGAUCUCAACUCCGUGUUCCCGGCGGGCAUCAGCGCAGCGGCAACAUGGUCGCGAUCUUUACUCCGGAAACGGGGCGAGGCGAUUGGACAAGAAUUCAGCGGUAAAGGUGUUGACGUGCACCUAGGUCCCGUAGUCGGCCCUCUAGGUCGGGACCCCGCCGGCGGCCGCAACUUCGAAGCCUUCGGGCCGGACCCGUACCUCGCCGGCGUAGCAGUCGCCGGAACGAUCAUCGGGGCGCAGAGCGCGGGUGUAGUGGCCAGCGUUAAGCACUACAUCCUGAACGAGCAGGAGCACUUCCGCAGCGGCAUCAGCUCCAAUCUUGAUGACAAGACUAUGCAUGAGGUGUACCUGUGGCCGUUCGCGGACGCUGUACGAGCGGGCGUCGGGAGCGUCAUGUGCUCGUAUAAUCAGAUCAAUAAUAGCUAUGCGUGCGAGAACUCGUAUGUGUUGAAUAAGCUGUUGAAGAAUGAGCUUGGGUUUCAGGGGUUCGUUGUCACCGACUGGGGCGCGCAACACAGCGGCGUCGCCAGCGCACUCGCUGGCUUGGAUAUGACGAUGCCUGGGGAGGGGUUUGGCGCGGGCACGUAUGGAUCGUACUGGGGCGGCGCUUUGACCGAAGCGGUGCUUAGCGGUGCGGUUCCGCAGUGGCGACUUGACGACAUGGUUAUUCGUAUCAUGGCUGCUUUCUACAAGGUAGGACGGGACACAAAACAGGUCGAUAUUAACUACUCUUCCUGGACGAACGAGACCACUGGCUACCAGUAUUGGGCUUCGAAGCAGGGAAAUACGACGGUGAACUACCAUGUCGACGUGCAGGCCGACCAUGGCGAGCUAAUCCGCGAGAUGGGCGCAAAGGCGACGGUACUGUUUAAGAAUGUUGGGAAAGCUUUACCUUUGGUUAAGCCCGAGAGUAUUGCAGUAAUUGGCGAAGACGCGCAGGAUAACCCCGAUGGGCCUAAUGGUUGCGUGGACCGAAUUUGCAAUAACGGGACGCUUGCGAUGGGCUGGGGCUCGGCGACGGCGGAAUACCCCUAUUUAAUCUCGCCAGCCACUGCGCUUGAGAAGCAGGCGGAGGCUGAUGGUACAGCAUUCACAAAUUUACAGGGGAACUUCGAUCUUGAUGCUGCCAAAGCGGCCGCAAGUAAUGCGUCUGUUGCGAUUGUUUUCGCUAAUGCUGAUUCGGGAGAAGGAUAUACGACGUUGGACGGUAACUUUGGAGACCGUAAUAACCUCACGCUUUGGAAAGGUGGCGACGAACUGAUUAAAGCAGUUUCGUCUGUUAACCCUAACACUAUAGUUGUUAUUCACAGUGUCGGCCCGGUCCUAAUCGACCACAUCAAAACUAACCCGAACGUGACCGCCAUCCUAUGGGCCGGUCUCCCGGGCCAGGAAUCGGGUAAUUCGCUGACGGACGUGCUGUACGGAAAGGUCAACCCGCAGGGCCGAACGCCCUUUACAUGGGGCAAGGGGGCGGAAGACUGGGGAGUGUCUAUCCUGUUCAACUCCACCUCGAUCGAGCCACAGCAAGACUUCGCAGAGGGCCUCUUCAUUGAUUACCGAUACUUUGACCGAGAGGAGAUCGAGCCCAGCUUCGAAUUCGGCUUCGGACUUAGUUACACCAACUUCACGUACUCGAAUUUGAGGACGGUUCAUCACGACCCAGGCGUGUAUAAACCAGCAUAUGGAACCACGCCCCCGGCGCCAACGUACGGCGAGUUGGAUUUGGACCCGAAGAAUGCGGUUACCCCUGAGGGCUUCUCCAAGAUACCGAGGUUCAUUUAUCCGUAUAUCAAUAACGCGACGAUCCCAAACGUAACUGCUGAGAUUCCUCCGGGAGGCCAUAAUGCUUCUGCGCAGCCGAUCCUGCCAGCGGGAGGUCCGUCGGGUGGAAAUCCUGAAUUAUACGAGCUACUGUACGUGAUUAGCGCAGAUAUCACUAACAGCGGAGAGGUAGCCGGGACUGAGAUCCCACAGCUUUACAUCUCGCAUGGCGGUCCGACGGAACCGAAGGUUGUGCUCCGCGGUUUUGAUGAGAUAUACAUAGAGCCGGGAGAGACGAAGACAGUGGUCUUUAAUGUGACGUACCGCGACUUGAGCAACUGGAACUCCGAGGAGGAAGACUGGCGUCUCACAGGGUACCCGAAGAUGGCAUAUGUCGGGGCGAGUUCGAGAGACUUGAGGUUGCAGAAGGCGUUGCCGCUUCUGAGGUGA